AUGGAAGGUCUCAACGCAACAGAGCAGCGCGAGCUGCAAGGCCGCCUGGAAAAAAAGCAGAUGAAGGACUUCAUGAACAUGUACUCCAACCUCGUUCAGCGGUGCUUCACCGACUGCGUCACCGACUUCACCUCGAAGAGCUUGUCCGGCAAGGAGGAGGGCUGCGUGAUGCGAUGUGUCGACAAGUCCCUCAAGAGUGCAGAGCGCUUGGGCGAGCGCUUCCAAGAGCAGAAUGCUUCAAUGGCACAGCAGGGCGGCAUGGGCAUAGGACGAUAA